AACUUGAAAUGCCGGCUGGUCUGGUACGCUAUGUGGCUGACGCAUGCGUCUGACGUACAUACAUGCAUGACGGCGGUGACGGAUUUUUUGCAUACGAAAAUUUUGCUGCUGAAAAGUACGGAAGCAAAAGUGCGUGAAUUAACGUAGUCAGUGAGGAAAGCCAAACAUUUAUUUUACACACGUUGCAUAUUUAGCGGCUCGCGUGAAUUGCAAACAACACACGUUGAUCGUCGGUUUUUUCGCACGCAGCAACCUCGUGUAUUUAAUUUUUUUUUGCGCAUACAUUUACCGAUAUUUUUGGUGGCCACACAGACACACAACACACAAACACAACCAGAGCAACGACGAAGACAAGAACGAGCGACGACGACGUGAAGCGCAGUGAAGAAGAAAAAAAACAAGCGAAAUCGAAAGCAAAAUUUGUCGAGUCGAGUCGAGUCAAAAAUCUUUAAAGUGUGCUAAGCUAAAAAAAAAGAAUCCGAAUUAAAAUUCGAAUUCGAAUCUUAUAAAGUAUUUCCAUAAACCGAAACAGAAUAGCGCAAGGAACACACACACAGACACGCAGAGAGAGUGAGAGAGACACAGAAAACGAAGCUUCAGCACCAGCAGCAAGUUUGAGAACGGACAGGAAUCGGUAACAACUAUAUAGUUAUUAUCAGCGGCAGCACAACAGCAACCACAAAAAAUGAAUAAAACAGCACAAUUCGAAGCUCCGCUGUCAAUUGAGCCAGAGCAUGAGUUGCGCUUUGUUGGUCCAUUCAAUCGACCAGUGGUGACAAUCAUGACCUUGAAAAACAAAUCGGUCAGGACACUGGUCUUCAAAAUCAAGACCACCGCUCCGAAGCGCUACUGUGUGCGUCCAAAUAUUGGAAAGAUUCCGUCUUAUCGCACGACGCAGGUGGAAAUUUGCCUGCAGCCCUUCAUGUACGAUCAGCAGGAAAAGAACAAGCACAAGUUUAUGGUGCAAAGUGUGCUGGCACCGCCCGAUGCCGAUUUGACUGAUUUAAACAAGUUGUGGAAGGAACUGGAACCGGAACAGCUUAUGGAUGCCAAGCUUAAGUGCGUAUUCGAAAUGCCGCCCAUCGAGGCGAAUCCAGAGAAUAAUAGUGCCAGCGGCGGCGUAGGCGGUGCCGGUUCUGCCAGUGCCGGCGGCAGUGGGGGCAGCAAUGCGCCGGCAUCUCUCAGCUCUGGCGAGGCGCUGAAGAGCGAUGCAACUGUGGCGUCCACUGUAAUGUCAUCGAACUUAUCCGAUGCGGAAUAUGCCGAAGCCCUGACGGCUGAACUUAGGGAGCUACGUGACCUCAACGGUGAACUGCGAAAAGAGAAUCUACAUUUGAAGGAUCAAGUCACACGCUAUCGGAGCUCUCCGGCCGCCAAGCAAAUCAAUGAGCCCUAUGCUCCAGUUCUGGCUGAGAAACAGAUUCCGAUCUUUUAUAUAGCCAUUGCAAUUGCUGCCGCCUUUUUGGGUCUGUUGCUGGGCAAGUUUUUGCUCUAAAUGCCAUAACAACAAUAGCAACAACAAAAACAACAUUAACAACGAACACAACAGCAGCCGCAACAGCCACAUAGAAAGGAAAAAGCAAAAACAAACAUUUGUGGCAAUUCUCUAAACCUUCAAUCAUUGGUUCAUAUAUUUGCUCAUUUGAACUUAAAAAUAAUAUUAUGUUAUACUAUGUUCAUACUGCAACAACAAAUCCCACAAUAUAAAUUCAAAUGAGCAAGAAAUAAAUUUGUAAUUUGUUUUGGCCAUCGAAAACUACCAAAAUUAUGUAAACAUAUAUACACACACAUACACACAUACACAUAGAGGACACGUGUUUAGAUAACGUAAUUGUUAAAGUAAAGAAAAACAAAAAUAACCGUAAGCAAAAAUGCAAAUUGCAUCGCAAAAGUAAAAAAGCAAUAGCAACAACAAAACAAAACAAAAAAUAACAAAUCCUGUCGCGAACCGUUAAGAGACGUCACAAUACACUCAUUCAUUAACAAUCUGUCUCUCUCUGCCGUUCACGCGGCAAACAGCUAGCAGCAAGUCGAUCAUAUGCAUGCAGUAUUUAGCAUGCCGUCUCGCUCUCUCUCACUCUCUUAUUGUUAUAUUCAACUCACACGCUGUAAUUCAGUUAUGUUGAUUGCGGCGUUGCGCGUGCGUUGUUGCUGCUUACACCAAUAUUCACUGCAUGGCCUCAGCACACACACACAAACAUGAUACAUAUAUUUAUAUGCACACACACACACACACACACACGCACGCACGCCCACUCACUUAUAAAUGGUUUUUUGUGGAAAGGAAAGGGGAAAGGCAUUUGUUUUUCUGUCUGCCGGUGUAAAAGUUAUAUUUAAAAUUUAUUUUAUUGUUUUAUUGCACUUGCAUUUACUUUUAAAGUCAUUUUGGAUUUGCUAACGGUUCAUUUGCCAAGUAAAAAAACAAAAGUACAUACAUACAUACACAUUAACUGUAAUAAACAUAAUAAAAAAGUAAUAAGAAUAAAUAAUACAAAUGUAUUUGUGCUGUUGCAAAAUUCCUAUAAGAGAAUAACUAGGCAGAAACCACUUCUGCAACUAACACAAGCAAAUGCUUCGGCUUGUCUACACACUCACA